UCUCUGUCCACCAUGGCCUCAGCCGACAUGAAUGGCGGGAGCGUUUCCUCUUUGUCCAGCAGCCGUCUGCAGAGUCGGAAGCCACCUAACCUGUCCAUCACCAUCCCGCCAGUCGACACCCCAGCCCCAGGCGAGCAGGUCAACAUGCUGCCCGAGAGACCCAAGAAUCCUGCCUACUUGAAGAGCGUCAGCUUGCAGGAACCGCCGCGGGGACGAUGGCCAGAGAGCAGCACAGAGAAGCGUCCCAGCUUCCGCCGCCAGGCCUCCCUGUCCCAGAGCAUCCGAAAGGGUACGGCCCAGUGGUUCGGGGUCAGCGGAGACUGGGAAGGGAAGCGGCACAACUGGCAGCGCAAGAGCCUGCAUCAUUGCAGUGUGCGCUACGGCAAGCUGAAGGCCUCAUGCCAGCGUGACCUGGAGCUGCCCAGCCAGGAAGUGCCCUCCUUCCAGAGCACUGAGUCUCCCAAAGCCUGCAAGAUGCCCAAGAUUGUGGACCCACUGGCCCGGGGCCGGGCCUUCCGCCACCCCGAUGAGGUGGACCGACCCCACACUGCACACCCACCGCUGACCCCGGGUGUCUUGUCCGUCACUUCGUUCACCAGCAUUCGCUCCGGCUAUUCCCACCUGCCUCGCCGCAAGAGGAUUCCUGUGACUCAUAUGAGCUUCCACGCUGCGGCUGCCCUGUUCAAGGGACGCUCAGUGCUGGACACCGCUGGACAGCAGCACCGGCUGGUCAAACGCAGCUUUGCCUACCCCAGCUUCCUGGACGAGGACAUGGUUGAUGGGGCAGACACCUUCGACUCCUCCUUUUUUAGUAAGGAAGAAAUGAGCUCCAUGCCCGAUGAUGUGUUUGAAUCCCCCCCUCUCUCUGCCAACUACUUCCGAGGGAUCCCACACUCAGCGUCUCCAGUCUCCCCAGAGGGGGUGCAGAUCCCUCUGAAGGAGUUGGGCCACACCCGGCGAGGCAAGCGCAUCACCUCUAAGGUAAAGCACUUUGCUUUCCACCGGAAGAAGCGGUACUACGGCCUGGGCGUGGUGGGCAACUGGCUGAACCGCAGUUACCGGCGCAGCAUCAGUAGCACUGUGCAGCGGCAGCUGGAGAGCUUUGACAGUCACCGGCCAUACUUCACAUACUGGCUGACCUUUGUCCACAUCAUCAUCACGCUGCUGGUCAUCUGCACUUAUGGCAUUGCACCCGUGGGCUUUGCCCAGCACAUCACCACCCAGCUCGUGCUGAGGAACAAAGGUGUGUAUGAAAGCGUCAAGUACAUUCAGCAGGAGAACUUCUGGAUCGGCCCCAGCUCGAUUGACCUGAUUCACUUGGGAGCCAAGUUCUCUCCCUGCAUCCGCAAGGACCAGCAGAUAGAGCAGCUAGUGCAGCGGGAGCGGAAGCUGGAGCAACACUCGGGCUGCUGCGUGCAGAAUGACCACUCAGGUUGCAUCCAGACACAGCAGAAGGACUGCUCGGAGACUCUGGCCACUUUUGUCAAAUGGCAAGAUGACACUGGGCCCCCCAUGGACAAGUCUGACCAGGGCCAGAAGCGAACAUCAGGAGCUGUGUGUCACCAGGACCCCAGAACCUGUGAGGAACCGGCUUCCAGUGGUGCUCACAUCUGGCCAGAUGACAUCACAAAGUGGCCGAUCUGCACCGAGCAGCCUAGGAGCAACCACACGGGCUUCAUGCACAUGGACUGCCAGAUCAAGGGCCGCCCGUGCUGCAUUGGCACCAAGGGCAGCUGUGAGAUCACCACGCGGGAGUACUGCGAGUUCAUGCAUGGUUACUUCCAUGAAGAAGCCACGCUCUGUUCCCAGGUGCACUGCUUGGACAAGGUGUGUGGAUUGCUGCCCUUUCUCAACCCCGAAGUCCCCGAUCAGUUCUACCGGCUCUGGCUGUCUCUGUUCCUACAUGCUGGUGUGGUGCACUGCCUGGUAUCGGUGGUCUUCCAGAUGACCAUUCUGCGGGACCUGGAGAAGCUGGCUGGCUGGCACCGCAUCUCCAUCAUCUUCAUCCUCAGCGGUAUUACUGGCAACCUCGCCAGCACCAUCUUCCUGCCUUACCGGGCAGAGGUGGGCCCUGCCGGCUCCCAGUUCGGUCUCCUCGCCUGCCUCUUCGUGGAGCUCCUGCAGAGCUGGCAGCUGCUGGAACGGCCCUGGAAGGCCUUCCUGAACCUGUCAGCCCUGGUCCUCUUCCUGUUCGUCUGCGGCCUCCUACCCUGGAUCGACAACAUUGCCCACAUCUUUGGCUUCCUCAGCGGCCUGCUGCUGGCCUUCGCCUUCCUGCCCUACAUCACCUUCGGAACCAGUGACAAGUAUCGGAAGCGUGCCCUCAUCCUGGUGUCCCUGCUGGUCUUUGCCGGCCUCUUUGCCUCUCUGGUCAUCUGGCUCUACGUCUACCCCAUCAACUGGCCCUGGGUCGAGUACCUCACCUGCUUCCCCUUUACCAGCCGCUUCUGCGAGAAGUAUGAUCUAGACCAAGUGUUGCACUGACUCUCUGCGCUCCCUGGGCUGAGCCACUGUCCU